GGCGGUGCUGCACUCGAUCCCAUUGCCCAGCUGGGGAAACUGAGACUCGGGGGAGAGGCUCUCGGGCCCUGAUUUCCGCACAGCCCAGGCGCAUCCGCAGCAAAGCCCGGGAUUCUUGGGCGACGGCGGGCUCCGCAGCCACCAUCUACCCGCGUGCGGCCUUUCCUCUAGGCGCAUCAGGCCGGCCGCCUUUACUGAGGUAUCCGGCGUCCGCCGCGCCCAGCGUGCCCUCGCCCCGGAAACUAAACCUCCUAGUGGGCGUGGCCUGACGUUCUGCCUCCCAUUGGCUGUCGGCGCCCCGCGCCCCGCCUUAGCCGCGCGCUGAUUGGCCGCUCUCGCCAACCGUCGGUAUUUGAAUCGGCGGCGGGCUGAGGGGCUCGCGGACUCGGCGCCUCCCACCCUGGGCUCCGUGCGGCGGCCGACAGAAUGAGUCUGCAUAUCUUCAGUGACGAAAAUGUCACUGGUGACAAAAGUACAGAAAAUUGCGACUUCCUGUUUUCACCACCGGAACUUACCGGAAGAUCAUCUGUUCUCCGUCUGUCACAGAAAGAGAAUGUGCCACCGAAGAGCACAGCCAAAGCUGUGAAGGUGACUUUUCAAACACCUCUGCGGGACCCACAGACACACAGGAUCUUAAGUCCCAGUGUGGGCAGCAAGCUCGAAGCCUGUUUUGCUCUGGGCGACCCCAUUGGAUUAGAAAACUGCCACCAAGUCUGUCUGCAGAAAGAGAACCAACAGUUCACCAAGGAAAGAGACACCAAAACAACCCAUGGAAUUCUCCAGAAGCCAGUACCGGCUGACACCGAGCCCCCCUCAGAGGAUGUGAGACCAGCUUCCGAAGACCAGCCUCCUGGUGGGCCCCCCUCAGCUCCCCUGGUCAGCCUGGGUCCCUCAAGCUCUUCGCAGAUCCCAGAGAGUGUGGAAAGCCCUGAGGCCUCCCGAGGCCCAGCGCCCGGCAGCCCCGAGUGCGCCCAGGAGGAGCACGUCCACCCGAGGCCCUCGGAGGAGAGUAUGCCCCUCGGCCCCGUGGCUCCAGAACAGCCCCCCAAGGUGGCAUCCCGGGACACGGCAGAGGACCCGCUCAGCGCUACAGGAGGGGACUCAGAAGGCGUCCCUGCUCCCCCCGCUGGGCCCACCUCACCCUCUGGUGCCCAUCCUGGAGAAAAGCCCCUCGUGGACCUGCCUGGAGAGGCCCCCACGGGCCCCAUGGAUGCCGCUGGCAGCAAGAACAUGGCCCUGACCAGCCCUGGAGAGGCUGCAGGGGACACACACCCUGGUGCUCGGAGGGAGGAGGCUAGUGGCCAGGCCACCAGCUCUCUGAGAAGCGGGCCCAUCCGGCUGGAGUUUGACUUCUCUGACGCCACCAGCAGAAGGCCACCCCCACUGCGGAAGCAAGGGAAGACCCUGGGUCUCAAGCCCCCCUUGAGGAGACCAGAGGCGAGGCCCGGAAAGGCCGCCCAGGAGGCGGGCAAAGGUUGUGAGCUCGCUCUCCACGAGUCCAGCAGCCCGAGCUGGGACAAGCCGGACGACCCAGACUGUAACCCGGCCGUGGAUGGUGGAGAAGCCCGGCCCCCGGAGCACCCCCAGAGCGUCCAGACCGCAGAGGCCUUGUCUCUGAGCUGGCAGGCGUGCCCAGAUGACACACCCGGGACAAGGACCCCAGGAGCGGCGGGUGAGGAGGGGACCACAGGCUCUUCAGGGGGGUCGGCGCCCCUCGGCAGCCCAAGCAGCAAGCCACCGACUGCACCCACCAACCCCACGCCCCCCACCGAGAGGGAGCCAGAGCCCACCCUGGACCUGAGUGGGGAGCAGUUCCGGGACCCUGUGGAGGUCCUAGGCGCAGGGGCCGAGGUGGACUACCUGGAGCAGUUUGGAGCGUCCUCGUUUAAAGAGUCGGCCCUGAGGAAGCAGUCACUGUACCUCAACUUCGACCCACUCCUGCAGGACAGUCCUUGGGCCCUGGCACCCAGCAGCAGAGGCAGGCCGCCUGACAGGCCGUGGGGCCCACCUGUCCCAAGCACCGGCCCUCUGGCCUCCGAGGAGAGCCCCGGCCGCACGCAGAUGGCAGGUGGCUUCUCUCCUGGUCUCGGUGCUCGCGGUGUGGACGCGCCUUCCUCUGGAAGCCCCCGGGAGGCCCAGCUGCUUGACCUGGACUUCCCAGGAGCCCUGGGCGUUCCCACGCCCUGCCCUGUUCCAUGUGACCUCAGGCCCGGGGCCCCACUGCUGCCUGUUGGGCCGAUCGUCGAUGUUCUACAGUACAGCCAAAAGGACCUGGACAGGGCGGUGGAGGCCACGCAGAAGGAGAACGAGGCGCUGCAGGGCAAGUGCACGGCGCUGGAGGGGAGGCUCCUAGAGAUGGGAAAGAUCAUGGACAGCUAUGAGGGGACUGUGUACCAGGUGAUGGAGGAGGCUCAGAAACAGAAGGAGCUCUCCAAGACCGAGAUGCAGAAGGUCCUGAAGGAGAAGGCGCAGCUGACAGCAGACCUGCACUCCAUGGAGAAGUCGUUCUCCGACCUCUUCAAGCGGUUUGAGAAACAGAAGGUGGUGAUCGAAGGCUACCGCAAGAACGAAGAGUCGCUGAAGAAGUGUGUGGAGGAUUACAUAGGAAGGGUGGAGAAGGAAGCCCAGAAGUACCAGGCGCUGAAGGCCCAGGCGGAGGAGAAGCUCCAGCAGGCAAGCGAGGAGAUCUCCCAGGUCCGGAGCAAGGCCCAGACAGAUGCUCUGGCGCUGCAGGCGGUCCUAAGGAAGGAGCAGAUGCGUGUCCACUCCCUGGAGAAGGUGGUGGAGCAGAAGACUAAAGAGAAUGAUGAGCUGACCAGGAUCUGCGACGACCUCAUUUCCAAGAUGAAGAGAAUCUGAUGCAAUGGCCCUGACCUUGCUGUCUUCCCUGUGUGUGUGUCUAUGUGUCUGCCUGUCUGUCUGUCUGUCUAGGGUUUUCUUCUCUACUGAUGUCAAUUGUUUUUUCAAUUCGUUUUUAAACUUGGUUGCUUUAGGAAAAAAAUAAAGUUUCCCUUAAAUCUAA